AUGGUGACAGAUGGUGAUGAUCGACGCUCUGAGGAGGGUUCCAGAGGUGAGAAGAGAUGUCUUGAUCUUCUGGCGUUAGUUCGUGGCGUUUAUGAUGAGGAUGAAACAAGAACUGUACAAGGAAAAGAUAGUACUGUAUUUAAGGAACUCUGUCUAUUCAAACAAAAGAGUGAUGAAUGCAACGCUACUAAUUACUAUCAUGACAAUGCUUCUUCUUCCUCCUCCUCCUCGAGUUUGUCCUCUGUGGUGUCUCAAGAACCCAUCAGGGCAGAGCCUAUUAGGGAAGUUAAGGUCCAAAGAAAACGGCCGGUCAAAGGAGAGAGAGGGGUUACUCCGGAAUGGCUGGUUAAUCUGAUGGGAACACUAAACGGUGGAAGCAAAGCUGUGGAAAAAGAUUUCUUGAACGAGGCAGAGUUGAACCUCAUAGAUGAGCAUCAAAGAGAUCAUAGUCAAAAAGGUGUUGGUGUGAUCGUGGUUGCAUCUGAUGGUAGAAGAUGGAAUGCUAACGUAAGGAGAUGGAAUAUGAACUGUCCCAAUUACUCUUUAUGUUCGGGAUGGAACGACGUCGUCCGCGAGAACAAUCUCAAGGACAAGAUAGGUCAGAUUCUUCAACUAUGGUCAUUCCACUCAUCACAAGAUGGGAAGCUCUACCUUGCCUUCUUUCAUCAGCCUCCAGCUCCGGAGAUGCAUGCAGCUUCAUCUUCAUCCAUGGCUCUAGAAAGAGAUUCAGGCAACCUAGGCCAAUGCAUACCUGACCUAAAUAUACCAUUGGCUCCUCUUGAGGAUCUACAAGAGAGGCAUGAUGGUAGGGGGACUUCACUGGAAUCAGUCAGAGAGACGACGACAACGGUGGACCUCGAGCUGCGGCUAGGGCCCACAAGACAUGAUACGAGGACUUCACAGGAAUCAGUCGGAGAGACGACGACGACGCUGGACCUCGAGCUCCGGUUAGGACGACUUCACAUGAAUCAGUCACUGAGACGACGACGAGGGUGGAUUUCACUUAACUGA